GACAGAAGACGGUGAAACACUUCUCAGGGGCGCUGGAAGCUUACAUGAAUGGAAAAAGGGACUGAAUGUUAAGGCGUUCUGUUUGUGAAUCAAAGCUAGUUAGCUUUUGUUUUGUAGUCCGUCUGGCUUUUUAACGCGGACUCGUUUCUUUCCUCCUCCAUAGAAGUUGAAAACGUGUCUGUGGAGCGGAAGCGGAGUAGCCGUUAGCUCAAACAAGCUGCCUGGUUAGUCAGUCAGAGAAGAACCCAGAGCAGAGAUGCUGGAAGGGAUCCUCCUCCUGCCUGUGGAGACGCACAUCUUCUACGCCGUCCUGGGAUUCUCAUGGACGGUGUAUCUCUGGGAGGCAUACCUGUCCUCCAGACAGAGGAGAAUAUACAGGAGCACCACUCAUGUUCCUCAGGAACUCGGCAAGAUCAUGGAUCCUGAAACCUUUGAGAAGUCGCGCCUGUAUCAGCUGGAUAAAAGCAACUUCAGCUUCUGGUCGGGUCUGUAUUCAGAGAUGGAAGGAACGCUGAUCCUGCUGCUGGGGGGGAUCCCAUUUCUGUGGCACGUCGCCGGUUCUGUGACGGCCCGCUUCGGAUUGGGCCCGGAUUACGAGAUCACCCAGUCCUUGGUGUUUCUGACUCUGGCCACCCUGUUCAGUGCCGUUACCGGGCUUCCCUGGAGUUUGUACAACACGUUUGUGAUCGAGGAGAAGCACGGCUUUAAUCAGCAGACGUUACGAUUCUUCCUGAAGGAUGCCGUGAAGAAGUUUGUGGUGACGCAGUGCAUCUUGCUGCCUGUGACCUCGCUGCUUCUCUACAUCAUAAAGAUCGGGGGAGAUUACUUCUUCAUCUACGCCUGGCUUUUUACCCUAAUUGUUUCUCUGGUCCUGGUGACCAUCUAUGCCGACUACAUCGCUCCGCUGUUUGACAAGUUUACCCCGCUGCCGGACGGAGAGUUAAAGACGGCGAUAGAAGACAUGGCCAAAAGCAUCAGCUUCCCCCUCACUAAACUUUACGUGGUUGAAGGUUCCAAGCGUUCUUCUCACAGCAAUGCUUACUUCUACGGCUUCUUCAAGAACAAGCGGAUUGUUCUGUUUGAUACGUUGCUGGAAGAUUAUUCUCCUCUCAACAAGGCUGGAGAGCCGCAGGCUGAGCAGCCGGAGAGCGACGAGACGCCCGGCGAACCAAAAGCCAAGCCUAAGAAUAAGAAGCAAGGAUGCAACAACGCGGAGAUCCUGGCUGUUUUGGGUCAUGAGCUCGGCCACUGGAAGCUCGGUCACACCGUCAAGAACAUAGUCAUCAGUCAGAUGAACUCCUUCCUCUGCUUCUCCCUGUUUGCGGUUCUGAUUGGACGCAGGGAGCUGUUUGUGGCCUUUGGCUUCACCGACAGUCAGCCCACAUUGAUUGGUUUGAUGAUCAUCUUCCAGUUCAUCUUCUCUCCUUACAACGAGCUUCUAUCUUUCUGUCUGACGGUCCUGAGUCGCAGGUUUGAGUUCCAGGCAGACGCCUUUGCUCGUGGUAUGGGCAAAGCCUCAGAGCUGUACUCUGCUCUAAUCAAGCUCAACAAGGACAACCUGGGCUUCCCCGUGGCAGACUGGCUCUUCUCCAUGUGGCACUAUUCCCACCCUCCCCUCCUGGAGCGCCUCAGGGCGCUGGGGAACGUCAAACAGGACUGACGGGGCUGGAAGGGGGAGCGGCGGGCGCUGCCUCCUCCUAAGGGCCUCCGCAGACCGCUGCUGGCCCUGUGAAGCUGCCUGAUCCUUUUCCUCCCAUCUGUCCCCGACCAUUAAGUUUUAUCUCAUUUUACUUUCCAUACUUUCAACAAAACCAAAACAUAACGACGUAAGGCGACCUAAACAGCAUCAGCCUGUCCCCUUUUUCCUCCAGGAACACCAUUUAUGCAGCCUGCUGUCAGGAAUCAUCUGGACAAUGUUUGUUUAGAAAAAGAUUGUCGAGUGAAGUUUAGUUUACAGGUUGAUGAUUAUUUAUUAAAUAUAUUCUGUAUAUAUUUUAAAAGAAAAAUACAUUUUAAGAUUUGCUUUUUUUCAGAUUAUUGAUCUCAAUAAUGGGAUGCAGACAUGAUGUCAAACUAGUAAAGAAUUUCUUAGAAUAGUUUGUAUUCCAGUUUCCUGAGUCGUAGCAUUAAAAAGCCUCCUCUGUAUUCAUGGCAACGCUUUUUAUAAAUAAACAGGCCAGAUUUUGAUUCAUAAUGCAGCUGCUGGCCAUUAAACAGUUAGUUACCGUCCAUAUCAAAAGUUUAAUUUUUCUUUUAUAAUUGGUUUAAGCUGAUUUUCUGUUAGGGAAUCCUAAACAGCUGGUAACCAUCAAAAUGUGAGUGCCUCUGAAUAUCUUUUUGUUUGACAGUGGAAACAAUGUGGACAGAGCAGCUCUGACAGUUUUAGUUCACCUUAAAUUAGACGUUUUAUUUUCUACAUGAAAUGAGGAAUUGUUUUAUUUUUCUGAAGUACUUGCUUGCAGUGAAAGGGUUCAACCCGGCCUGUAUAUAAUGUCUUUGUAGUGAUUUAGGUUUAGGGUGUUUGAAAUGAAAUGUGAAAAUCUUGAAUGUGGUUUGAAAUCGACAAAAGUUUAGUUUCUUCUCUUGGAUUUUUGGCGCCAGGGUUGCCCAGCAAGCAAAGUAUUUAUGGGGACAUUAAUGGAAAGGAGGGCUGCAGCUUUCCUUCAGCACACAAGCCAGUCUGGUUUGCUCCAAUGUGG